GUCGUCACAACCACGCUACGCUCAAAAAGCGCCUUAUAAAUAAGCUCGCCCCUCCAAGCCCGAACUUGAAAUAUUUUUCCCUCUUCCGAGAAAGUUUCGCCGCGAAGCCGCGACCGUGCCCGCCCUCCGCCGCCGCCGCAAUGGCCGGUUUCGGAGCAGCUCCUGCCGGGAACCAUAACCCUAACAAGUCUUUCGAGGUGAUUCAACCUCCCAGUGAUUCCGUUUCGAGCCUCAGUUUCAGCCCGAGGACCAACCACUUGGUUGCUACUUCGUGGGAUAAUCAGGUACGGUGCUGGGAACUUACGAGGAACGGGGCUUCUGUAACUAGUGUGCCCAAGGCGUCGAUGUCACAUGACCAACCGGUACUUUGUUCAGCUUGGAAGGAUGAUGGAACGACCGUAUUUUCUGGAGGCUGUGAUAAACAAGCAAAAAUGUGGUCUUUAAUGUCUGGAGGUCAGCCAGUGACAGUUGCCAUGCAUGAUGCACCCAUUAAGGAGAUUGCUUGGAUCCCUGAGAUGAAUGUCUUAGUUACGGGAAGCUGGGACAAGACCUUGAAGUACUGGGACACAAGGCAGUCAAAUCCAGUACACACUCAACAGCUCCCAGAACGCUGCUAUGCACUUACAGUGAGACAUCCCCUGAUGGUUGUUGGCACUGCAGAUAGGAAUCUCGUUGUCUUUAAUCUGCAGAAUCCUCAGGCUGAGUUCAAGAGAAUUACUUCACCCCUAAAGUACCAGACAAGAUGUGUUGCAGCUUUCCCUGACCAGCAAGGUUUCCUGGUCGGAUCCAUCGAGGGGAGGGUUGGUGUUCAUCACCUGGAUGAUUCCCAGAUCAGUAAAAACUUCACAUUUAAGUGUCAUAGAGAUAACAACGACAUUUAUUCAGUCAACUCCUUGAAUUUCCAUCCAGUGUAUCAUACCUUUGCCACUGCUGGAUCUGAUGGUGCUUUUAACUUUUGGGACAAGGAUAGCAAACAAAGACUUAAGGCAAUGUCAAGAUGCAGCCAACCAAUACCUUGUAGCGCCUUCAAUAAUGACGGCACAAUAUAUGCAUAUUCGGUCUGUUACGACUGGAGCAAGGGGGCAGAAAAUCACAAUCCUGCUACAGCAAAGACCUAUAUCUUCUUGCACUCACCACAGGAAGCAGAGGUCAAAGCAAAGCCUCGGGUUGGAACAUCUAACCGGAAGUGAAGCUGCUGAUUAGUUUAAAAUAGGAAGUUUGAGGAAAUUGUGGCAGUGAAGAAAAUGGUGCUAUUCAUUUAUCAGAAAUUGUAGGAUAGGAAUGGUCCUUUCCUCUCAUUGUGGUUUUUUCAGUCAUAGUCAUCCAUUGUUGAUAUGUUUUUUUGUCAUUUUCAUGUACUAGUAACUUCUGCUGUCUCUGAUAGGCUAAGUUCUAUUCCCUGUAUGGGGUGGCGCUUAUUUCAGUAUUGUUUUUGUCAGGUCAUGUCUAUCACCUUGAUGUUUAAAGGAUGAAUACAUUUCGUA